AUGGCGGCUCUGGAAGACUGGGAAGCCUCAAAGGAGCCACAGCGCUUCAUGCAGGGUGACCCAUCCCAGCAGCUCUUACCACAGGGAACAGAGCAAUCAUCUCCUGGAAACUCUAAUGGGACUGGUCCAGCCACCAAGCAAGACAUUCGUAAUCUGCUAAAAGAUGUUCAGAAACUGCUGGCAGCUGACAUUGAGGUGAUUGAGGCCAAUCUGCAGGUGGUCACGGAUAGGGUGCAUACAUUGGAGGAGGAUAUCGUGGAUAUACAGGAGG